AUGAGAGGCACAAACCGACGUCGUCCGACGGAAUCCUUCAAUCAGCCACCACCUCCACAACCAACGCCCGACCUCUAUGGAUCCCGAUUUGGUGGUCCACGCGAUUCCGAUGCCAGUUUCGCCAGCAGCCGCCCCUCAUCCGCUGGCAUCGGCCGCGCCUCCAUCGCCGCCGACCUCUACUCCGAUCGGUCCCACCAAAUCUCCGCAAUUCGCGCCAUCAACGCUUUCCUCUCCUCGCACUCGUUCCAGAUCCUUCUACCGCCCAAACAAGUCCCCUCCGUCAAGGACAUAGUGGACAUUAUCAAAUUUCUCAUUUCGAAGCUCGAUUACCCUUCCACAGCUAAGUUUGAAGACGAUCUGUUUGUAAUCUUGAAAUCCCUAAAUUGUCCUUUCAAGAUUAAUAAAUCUACGCUUAGGUCACCGAAUUCGCCUCACAAUUGGCCUUCGUAUCUGGCUUUGAUGCACUGGCUGGUGCAAAUCGCGUCGUACAACAAUCACUUAUCAAAUAAUUCGGGUUCAUUUGCAGAGAAUAACAGUAUGUAUUUGUAUGCGUUGGAGAGUUAUUUGAAUUAUAUACGAGGAGAUGAUGAUUCUGUGGAGGAAUUGGAUAAGGAGUUUAUUGGGAAGGUGGAGAAAGAGAGAGAUAGUGUGAGCGAAAAUGUGAUUCAGUUGGAGAAGAAGGUGAAGGAAAUGGAGGGAAUGAAUACGGGGCCAACGGAAAGGGAGAGAUUAGAGAAGGAGAAGGGUGUUUUGGAGGAGGAUGUGAACAAGUUCAAUGCGAUGAUUGCGGAGUUUAACACGAGGAUAGAGAAGAUGGAGAAAGCGGUGGAGGAGAAAGAGAGGGAAAUGGCGGACAAAGUGGAGGAGCGUAAGAGGAUUUGUGAAGAGAAUGAGGAGUUAAAGAAGAGAGUGGAGUUGCAGACGUUUAAUGCACGUGAUGUGGAGAGGAUGAGGAGAGAGUUGCAGGCAGUGGAAAGAGAUAUUGGGGAUGCAGAGACUGCUAGGAAUUCUUGGGAGGACAAGAAUUGGGAUCUUGAUGCUUCGUUGGGACAUAAGUUUAAGGAACUUGAGGCGCUUUCAAUGGAGUGCAAUCAGGCAAUUAGAAGGUUAAAACUUGGUAUUGAUAUCCAGUAUGUGUUGAAUGUAAAAGGGUCUACUCCUGCUGAGGUAAUGGGUAUUGACUACAAAUCCACACUUAAGCCUGCCCUUGAAUCCUUUGCUGAUGACAUAAAAAAAAGCUCAAUGGCAAAAUUGGAAGAGUUGAUUUCCCUGCAGCAACAGUCAUCUGAAAUGGCUGCCAAAAUUGAGGGAAAAAGAAUUCGUAUUGGUGCACUUCAGUCCCAUAUUGAUGAAAUGGAAGCCCAGUUGAACUUAUUCAGGAAGGAGACGCAAGAGCAUGCUUAUAGAUGUGCAGCAGAAUCCAGAAAGAUGGUGGAGGAUGUUCAAACAGAAGCUCAAAACUUGGAUAUGGUAGAAAAAGAAGCAGCUGAGGUUCUGAAGGUCUCUGAAUUGAAGUUGCAGGAAGCAAUCAGACGAAGUGAAGAAGAAAUUCAGACACGCGCUUGCGAACUGUUUGCACUAGUUGAUUCAGUUUCAAAAUAUAAAGAAUACAUGGAGUCCAAAAUCUUGGAGAUGAAGAGCAGUCUCUCGGAAACUGCUUUAACUGUCUCAGAAGCCUACAAGAAUUCCUUUCCACCUCAAUUUGGUUAAUACAUUUGAUGCAAGCAGCUAAGUAUACUUAAAAAUGUAAAUAUUUUUUACUAUUAAUUGUUCCUUCUUAAACCCCUUAUUUGCUUGCUGCUUUAUGGCUUGUAUCUACUAUCAAUGUUCUUAAACCUUUUUCAAUAUUUUCGUUGCUUAGUUUAGGAAUGGCUGGGGCUCAACAUUCCAGGAUUUGUGAUGACAAUCAGUGUAGGAAUUUAUAUAUAUCCAGAAAUAUUAUUACU